CACACUGUUCACUUGCCCCUCUACAGCUUGCCGCGUAACCUGCUUGUCUCUCGAUGUUUAGAACAUUCAAAACUGAAGUUCCCAUCGGCCCUUACUGUAUUUCCUUUGCUCUCUCCUCUAGACUGCGUUAGUCAACCCGCUCGAGGAAGAAAGGCUUUGUGUUCUUUUAAUCUGAAGAAGAGAGCUGAAGCAGAACGUUUGCGCCAUCGCUGCUCGUAUUUUGUGUGCUGAAGUGAAAGCUCGUGUUUUUGCUAAAAGCCUUAAAGCUUUCUGUUUCAAGAAUUAAAAGCCUCGUCUUCCUGUCUCUCGAGCAACUCUGCGACCCAAGCUUGUCAAGUGGCACAAGGUGGGGGUGUUACGCAGAUGGAUCCUCAACAGCAGUUGCCCGCUGAAGGUGAACAACCUCACGACGCCCCCCUUCCACCUGAUCCGGACGAUGUGCCUGCGUGGGCUCCAGUCCCUCUCAGUCCCACUGAUGUGCUCGUGAAGAUGGAUCCUAAGGACGAUCCUGAGAGUUUCCUCAUUGGCUUUGAACAUAUGGCCACGUUGAUGCGCUGGAACAGGCGAUACUGGUCUGCCAUUGUGGCCCCGUUUUUGACUGGAGAUGCUCUGAAGGUUAUGCGAAACAUUCCCCUUGAGAGACUUGAUUAUGAUUAUCUGAAGCAGCAAAUUCUUGUUAAUACUUGUAUGAGCUCCUUGGCCAAGGGGCGUAAGAUCCGGCUGUGGCAGAUCGAUCCUAAUCGCCCCAUCGGGGGGCAGAUACAGGACUUGCAGUACCUUAUCCACAGCUGGUUUCGUGGAGAGUCCAUCGAGCGCAUCAUCGAAAAGGUCGCUAUUGACGUAGUGCUGUCUGGGAUAAGCGAAGACCUCUGUAAUGAAAUGAUCUGCAGCAAUGUCGACUCGCUGUUGAGUGUGACCCACAGAUUGGAAGGCGCCCAAGUCGUUUGGAGGAAGACGGGCUACCCCAGUCUAGCUCCUGCUCCUGUUCAACCGCCCCGUCCCCGUCCGAAGGCCAAUCGUAGGGGUUACUUUCCUCAACCCCAGGCUCCGGCUCGUCCUUUCCUUACCUCGGACCAACUUGCAGUGCCAAACCCGUCUCCAGUGUCUCAGGUUCAAGCCCAGGCUCGUGGAGUCACUGACGUCACUAGAGGGGGGACUCAGGCCGGGGCCCCGGGCAGAAGACCCCGUCGAGGAAAUUCCGCAGCUGGGACCGAACGCAGGUGCUUUCGCUGUGAUGAGUCUGGGCAUCUGGCAAGGGAGUGUUGCCUACCACCAGUUCAGUCCUUGGAGAUCAGCUUGCCUGAGACUGUGUCUGCACCAACAGGUAUCUCGCAGCCGCUGAACCAGCUUGAAGAAGACGACUUUGUGUUCUGUUAAAUCCGAAGAAGGGGCUGAAGCAGGACGUUUGCCCUCGUCGCUGCCUGUAUCUUGUGUGCCGAAGUAAAAGCUCCUGUUUUGGAUAAAGUCUGGAAGCUGUUCUUGCCUGUUCAACAAUAAAGUUACUCUUCCUUGGAAACCA